AUGUCUCGUCUCUGGUAUGAGAAGAAGGGAAGAAAGCAUCAGCCAGUUAAUCAUAAAUAUGCUCUGGUAGUGUCAGUGGCUGAGUAUCACCGCAGGAUCGAUGCUCUAAAUAGUGAAGAACUGCGCACACUCUGCAGACGUCUCCAGAUAACGACAAGAGAAGAUAGCAAUUCAAAGCAGGCACCAAAUAUCAAAACAGACCUGGAGCCUGAAGCAUUCCGGCCAAAUCUGAGCGAUCCCAGUGAAUUACUACAGCCAGAGCAAAUUGAAAAGCUCACAAAAUCUCUUCCACCACGGACCAUUGGAUAUCCAUGGACUCUUGUCUACAGUACUGCAAAGCAUGGCAUGAGCCUGAAGACUUUGUAUCGAAGUAUGCUGGGAUUAGACACUCCUGUGCUGCUGGUUAUCAAGGACAGUGAUGGACAG